AUGAGAAGCAGCUUCGACUUUCUGCUUCACCUACUCGCCUUAUCUCCGCUCGCCAUCGAGCCCGCCACAGCAGCUCGCCGCCAGAGCCCACAAGAGGCCUUAUUGCUGCCUCCCAUCCCUAUAGAUAACGCCCCUGCACCAUCACGGCAACAUGAUUUCACCCUGAGACACAUCUUCCACAAGGGCUCACACCAGUACCCGAACCUCCUGCGAAAAGUUGAUGUCACUCCCGCAAUCACCCUCGAGCACGUUCAAGAUGGCGACGAUGCCGACUAUGCCGUCACUGUGUCGCCCACCGACUCAUUCCGUACCAACUCGGCUCCCAUGACCAUAGAACGUCUAUCUGAUCGCCGUCGCUCUACUAUCGAUCGUCUGCUGGAAGCUGGCCAAAUGCGUGGAGAGGCUGUCUCUCUACCCGCCUCUGCUUGGUCCAUGGAUGAGAUAGACGGUCCGAACAUCACCGACAAGGAGACUAUUUUGAGUUUUGCCCGCAUGGCUUCCAACGCCUACGUUCUCAAACCACAUACUGGUGACUGGGUCGAUGUCGGAGGAGGUUUCAACUACACUGAAGACUUUGGAUGGGAGAGUGACGGCUUGCGCGGUCACAUCUUCGCCGAUACUGAGAACAAGACCGUUAUCAUUGGCCUGAAAGGUACCUCGCCUGCUGUCUUUGAUGGUGCAGAUACAACUGGAAACGACAAGCUCAAUGACAAUCUGUUUGGAAGCUGUUGCUGCGGCCAGGGUGGCCAAGCCAUGUGGAAGCAAGUCUGCGACUGCCAGACAUCAGCAUUUACUUGCAACUCGACCUGUCUCGUCAAGAAUCUUCGGAACAAAGCUCACUACUACCAAGCUGCUCAGGAUCUAUAUCACAAUGUCACUGAGCUCUAUCCCAACGCAGAUGUCUGGUUGACUGGCCAUUCGCUAGGUGGUGUUGUUACAUCGCUACUCGGUCUGACUUUUGGACUGCCUACCAUCACUUUCGAGACAUUCCCUGAAGCACUUGCUGCCAGCCGUCUCGGCCUUCCCACCCCUCCAGGAUAUCACAUUGGUGACCACAAGAAGCGUCCUCAUACUGGCGCCUAUCAUUUCGGGCACACUGCCGAUCCUAUCUAUGACGGAACUUGCAACACUGCCUUUUCUGGCUGUACCAUUGGUGGAUACGCCUUCCAAGGCAACUGUCAUACUGGAAGCACAUGCACUUACGACACAGUGGCAGACUUUGGCUGGAGACAGGCGAUUGGUACUCACAAGAUCAGCAAUGUCAUCCACGAUGUUAUUCAGAAGUACGACACUGUUCCCUCGUGCAAACGAGACGAAGACUGCAUCGAUUGCUAUGAGUGGAAGUUCUUCGAAAGCAACGGCACCGAAACUACGACUAGCUCUUCUUCCUCUACAACAUCAAGCACACGCACCAGGACAGAGACAUGUAAGACCCCUGGGUGGUGGGGAUGCUUGGAUGAGACUAGCAGUACCACAAUACCUGUGACUACAACAGAGACAAUCACGACGACGACUUGUCUUUCGCCUGGCUGGUUUGGAUGUAAGCAGGAGAGUACACAAACGAUCACUACAACCGAGACCAGUGGCCUUGCAACACCUGCUCCUGCGCCAACCGUUACCACGACUUCAACUGUGGCCACUUCAAGCUCCUCUUCAGCGACAGUUACAACUUCCAGUACCACGUGCAAAACACCUGGAUGGUUCGGUUGCCAUGACUCGACGACCUCGACCAAGCAAUCUUCAACGAGGACUUCGGCAUCAGACACAUCCACCGCAUCUCACAAGUGCACAUCGAAAGAGUGGUUCGGCUUCAUCUGUGUAGAUCCGUCUGCUACGCAGUCCAAGCCCAAGCCCACCUCAGUGCAUAAGAAGUGUCUGAAGAGGAACUAUGUGGGCAAAUGCAAGGAGUGGCAAGCAGCCGAUGGAAGCAGCAUCAAGACUGAUUUAUGA